AUGGGCAGUGAUUCAAAGAAUAUUGAUGAAGCAGUUGUUGCGCUCACGGGAACAUUACUGACCGAUGAUGGCUUUAUUCUCGAAUAUAUAAUCAGCAGCUACCAUCAAAAGAAUAAUUAUUUCGAGAGUUUUUACAUUCUAGACUUCCUCAAGGAGAACAGGUUCAUGUACCUUGCCGUCAAAUGUGACUUGCUGCAGUUAGAGAAUCAGAUUCCCUUCCGAGUUCUCGAAAAAUUGUUCAACAUGAUAACGGAACGUCUCCCACAAGAUGGACGCCAACAUUACGGCCUCUCCGUCACUGAAUUGGUCCUUUCCUUCUUCGGUAGUGAUGAUUUGACGGGCCAUCAUCUAGCUAGUAUUGAUUAUGGUGGUGAGAAUUAUGAUCAUAUUCUCCAUCUCUUACACAGUUGUUACAUGGCGUCUCAUGCUGAACCGAUACGCACAAUGGAGGAUCCCGGAUUCAAUUAUUCUGCAACCCAACUAGACUUUGCAGGAGUCAAAAGAGCUUGUUUUAAAAUCCCACCUCUCACCAUUACCUACUCCACUGAGCCAUUCUUAAGGAACCUCAUUGCUUUCGAGCAAAUUUCUUCCCCCCAAUUCCGUCUUCUUUUCAUACCACAAAUUUCUUCCCCCAAAUUCCGUCUUUUCACAUCACAUCCUUUCCUUAUGGGUAAGCUCAUCAACUCCAUGGAGGAUGUUGAAUUGCUCAUAAAAGCAGGAGUCAUAAAUAACCGUCUGAGUUCCUCGGAAGAGAUGUUGCAUCUCUUCAACAAUAUUUGCAAGAAUGUCCAUGUCAGUGAGUUCUACUCCGUUGAGCCGUGGAAGCUGGUCAGCCAUUACUGCAACCGUUUCUGGCCAAGGUGUAUAGCCAAACUGAGGCGUGAUUAUUUCGGAAGUCCAUGGACACUAAUAUCUGUCUUGGCUGCCUUUGCUCUUUUCGUCCUCACCUUCCUGCACACCUUGUACACCAUGCGUCACUAA